AAGAACCAAUUGCUGGAUUUGCUGCGCCUCCUUCUUCAGUCACUUUCACCGGUAGCGGAGAAGAAAAUUGAAAUGGGAAGUUUUGCUUCUGAAGAAGUACAAGUGCAGGUAAGGAGUCACUUACUUGGCAAAAGGUAUCUAAUUGUACUAGAUAACUUACAGUUAGACAAUUGGGGUGAUAUCCGAGGAUGUUUUCCUGAACACAACAAUGGAAGUUGCAUAUUGGUAACCACUACACACUUUGAUCGGUAUGUCUUCAAUGGCUUGAAAAUCUAUAUUCACAGCAUGACUUUGCUAGAUCCAAAUGAAAGUUGGGAUCUGUUUUGCCGUACCCUUUCUAAGGGGAGUAUGUCAAGAUCACCUGAAUUAGAAAAAAUUAGGGGCAAUAUUAUAGAGAUAUGUGAUGGACUACCAUUGACAAUUGUUGUAGUUGCAAAGCGUCUAUCUAAAUGCAACGACGUGUUAAAGAAAUGGGAGAAGAUUAAAAAGGAAAUAGAGUCAUUGGGGAUUCUUGAUCGCAAUACUCUCAUUUUUCAUUACAAUAAAUUGUCGCAAAUUUUGAAAGUUUGCUUUCUAUAUCUUGGAGUCUUCCCAAAACGCAAAGAAAUCCAAGUCAAAAACCUAAUUGGGUUAUGGAUUGCCGAGGGAUAUUUUGAGCCAUUAGAGUUUGAAAAGAAAGAAAGUCAAGGUUAUCCAUAUUUACAAGAGCUUAUUGAAAGAAGACUUGUUUUAAUAUGCAAUCAGAAUUCUAAUGGCAAAAUUAAGACUUGUAGGAUGCAUAGUGCCAUGCAUAGCUUCUGUGUUGGAGAAGCUCAGAAAGAGGGUAUUUUUUGUGCUGUAAAUACUCUACAACAUUCAGGAUUGCCACUAAGUGAUUUUGCGAAUUCAAGUCGUUGGUUAAGUUUAUGCAAACAUAGUUUUGACUAUUAUGUUUUGUUUAGUUCGAACAAGCCUCGCUCCAUUUUCUUCUUUGAUGAAGAUCCUAAAACUUUUGUUCCCUUCAAGUUGUUAAGAGUUUUGGCCUUUGUUCCUUCUCCAUUCCUUCAAAGAGUGUCAAUGCAUUUGGGCGAUUUAAUUUUUUUGAGAUACCUAUUUAUAAGUAAGAGGUUUGAGGGUUUGGGUAAUAUACUGUCAAAAACCCCAAAUUUGCAGACACUUAUUGUUUCCAGUGAUGAACCACAAAUUGGAGCACCUACAAUUCAUUUGCCAUCCACAAUUUGGAAGUUACCACAGUUGAGACAUCUUGAACUUGGAGAUAUGUAUACGAUGGAUCCUCCCUGCACGGUUAAAGCGAAAUUGCAAACACUAUCUUGGGUGAGUCCAACUCAUUGUGGAAUGGAAGUGUUUCCAAACUUAAGAAAACUGAAAAUUUUCUAUAAAGAUGACUUAGAGUUCAAUCGCACUCAUGGAUCUUCAAGCAAUCCCAUCAUUUUGGAAAAUUUUGGAUAUUUAAAACAGCUUCAGAGGCUAAAGAUUUCUGUUUCGGUUAGCUGCGCUGUGGUAUAUACUGAACGAUUUAUGUGUCCUUUACAACUGCAGAAGUUGAGUUUGAGUGGGAUGAAUCUUUCUAAGAGAGAUUUAACAGUAAUUGGCAUGUUACCGGAGCUUAAGGUGCUCAAGCUUGAAAAUGCCUUCCUAGAAAGAGUAUGGGAAGUGGUUGAAGGAGGAUUCCGUGAAUUAAGAUUCUUGCUUGUGAAAGAUAAAAACCUCCUGCAGUUUUUGGCUGAUGAAAAAUCCUUCAAACAUCUUGAGCGUCUAGUUCUAUGA